CGAAAAUGAAUUCCCAACUAGCCUAGGUUAAAGAACUAUGGAUUGUAGAAGAUAGUAGCUUUUUUAGGCGAUUUUUAUCAUAGGAGGACUACAAAAAGGUUGCAGCUAUUUUUGUUGUGUAGAAGAGACUCCUCCAACGAGGGAAUUGUAUUGAGCUACUCGUGAUAACGAAACAAGGCUUAGUAGCAAUAGGAAACUGACAUGACGAAAAAAGUCAGAGGUUAAAGUCAUUUUUACCAUUGACAAACUACCUACUCAUCCCCGUAGGACUACACCGAGUACUAAAAGUAGUUUCAUCUGAAUCUUUUUCCAAGAACAAGAAUGAGGUAGGCCGCGAGCAUCAAGCAGAACACGUACACGAGCUUCUACAGACCCAAGGGCAGGGAGCCUCACAACUUCUCAUCAAGUUACUGGCAGUGGGAGAGCCGACUGACAGUGGAACAAGAGCAGUACUACCACAAACUUCCAAGCAAACUUCAAGUCACUGACAGUGGAAGAGCCGUACAAAACUUUCCAACUGCCAAAGUUCCAAAAGCCGUACUAUCUCAAUCUUGCUCCAAACGCUUCGGUCUCUCUUCUGUUAUAAUUGACAGAGAUGACGGGAACCUUUGCUUUGUUGCUCGAACGCACGGGCAAAAAUGCCAAGGCACAGUGGAAGGUUUACAUCCAGCCACCCCUGGUUAAGGCUUUCCUGUAAGUAGUAAUUUUUGAUUACUUUCUCUACAGAUACUUACUAGGUACCGAGAUAUUGAAGUAAGAGGCCAAAACAUCUCAGUUGUAGAGAUAGCACUGACUGCAUUCAUCGUUACACGACAGUAUCCAUGAUUCUUUCACGCGUUUUAGAAUUAUGUUUCCCUUCUACAAACGAAACCAUGAAUAUUAUUCCACCUGCUCUAACUUUGUCUACGGGUUGCUCAGCAUCCUCUUUCCGUUUAUAGUUUUCAAACCCUGGCGUAUUUUCGGUUACAAUCUGGGCUUUGAAUGGGAGCAUAUCUCGCAUGGGACCUUUGCAAUCGGGAUUCUGAUCACUUAAGGCUAUUUUAGUAUCACUAUCCCAUGUGACGGAUCAAUCUUUCUACGAUGUUUAGUGACGCAGGAGUCCUUGACUGAAUGGAGGGGAUAAUUAUAAGGGGAUAAGAUGGAGGAUCUAUCAUGUUGAGUGACGCAGGAGCUUUUGACUUAUAAUAAAGGGCAAAAUUACAUGGGGAUAUAUAAAAGCAGGAAAAUAGGGGGAUAUAAGAGAAAAAUAUGGGGAUAAGUAGAGGAAAAUAAUGCGAAAAAAGAGCAACUCACUCAGCGUACAACCAGGGAUAGUCUUCAAAAGACAAACUAGCGCUAAAUUGCCUUCACAGUCGUGUACCUCUCUGGCCUUAGAGAGGUGGCGGUGGCUGCUUCGGGUCAAGUGAUCACGGACAAGGAGGACAAAAUGUUGGACGUUCUUCGUGUGUAUUUAAGGGUAGGCUAAAGGUGUUCCUGUUGUCGUUCGUUUUGCCUUUCUGAAAAGGAAAGGCAUCGCGAAGGGGGUACUAGGGUAAACGAACAGCAAAAUGCUACUUCUAAUGCAUGGCGCGACCCCAUUUCAGUACUGGUCCUCCCAUCUCCUGGCGAUGUUUCUGCUGUCCUUUCUCUUCUUAGGCCUGGGUUUUGGCAGCAUUCCGCUCUGCGUAGACUUUUUUGUCACUGGUCCACCAGGCAGCGCGGCCUACGCGAAUGCGGAGAAUUUGAGCAUUCCCAGUUACUGGAUGGAGACGGCGUACCCCCCACUUCUCUUAUGAAUGUACAUUAGCUGAUGUGAGAUGAAACAGAAACCUUCUUAAUCAAAGAAAUAUUGACUAGAGUAGUUUAUAGCACGCAUGGUGCAUGGAGUGCAUGGAGUAGCAUGGAGUAGCAUGGAGUGCAUGGAGCGCAGAGCUUUAAGGGGCGCAAGAAGCUCCCCCUUUAGCUCCAUGCUACUCCAUGUGAUCCAUGCACUCCAUGCCAUGCGAGCCGUGAAGCCUUAUAAUUAUUAUUCAAUCAUUCUCGGGCUCUGCAAAAAUGACACCCAUCUCGAAGUCAUACGUAACUUCUUAGAACUGUUUAAGAAGUUUCACUUAGGUUGUUAAAGAAGUUUCACUUAGGUUGUUUAAGAAGUUUCACUUAGGUUGUUUUUUAAGAAGUUAGUUUAACUCCUGAAGUUACCAGGAUCGCUGUUAAUGACGUGAAGUUCAUCUAAUACUGGCUGGUCUUCUCGCUGUCGUAACGACCUGCUUUGCCGGAUGCUUUUUGGGUCUCGUCUUAAAGGAUGCAGAAAAUCUACCAACGUCGAUGUCGAUCAUCUUUAAUUAAGGCGGCUAUUUCCUGAACAAAUGGUUCACUAGUCCCUCCUUGUUCUACGAAUUAUAUACAACUGCAGGGUCAGUGAUGAAGUUAAACAAGCUACAAUCUAGCCCACAACUCGUCAUCAUUAGGAGGUACUAGAUGAGGUACUAGAUGAGGGAAUUAGAUAAGGAGCGGGAACUUGUUGGAAGGGGUCGCCGCUAUGAACAAGAAUUCUUGAGGGGGCCGCGACACGACGCCUUCCAUGUUGACCCUCUUCUAGAAGGAAGCUCUAACUUCAUGUCGUUGGCUUAGCAGCAGUGCUGGCCACGGUCCUCUUAGACCUCACUUAUCCAACGCGGACCUCCUGGAUCGGCAUGUCGAUGUCGAACAACGUGAUCCAGAAGCUCCUGCAGCCCUCCAACCCUACUCCGUUUGGGCCAGGGCUGACCGUGAUCGAAAAAGAAGCUGUGAAGUUCGUCGCCGGGCAAUUCUCUGCGUUGGACGAAUGGCAUGUCCAGAACCUUCUCUUUACAGAAAACCCAGAUUUUUAAGGCCAGCACCUAGUGUCCAUUUGUCUCCGCAUCUCGAUGCCCCCGAGUUGUUACCCUUGAUGUACUUGUUUCAUACAUAAGAUGAAAGGAGUACCCUUUACCCUUGUAUUUGUUUCAUAGGAUGAAAGGGGCACCCUUUACCCUUGUAUUUGUUUCAUAGGAUCAAAGGGGUGCCCUUUACCCUUAUAUUUGUUUCAUAGGAUGAAAGGGGUGCCCUUUACCCUUAUAUUUGUUUCAUAGGAUGAAAGGGGUCGAGAUUAAUGAGAGGGGUUCCAGAGCCGACUCUAACCAGACUUGGGGCGAACCUUCGAAGAGUGGAGAAAGGAACCACAGCAGGAAGAGCUGGUGGCGAAGGCGAAGGCGAAGUGGACUCCUUCUGCUUUGCAAGCCGAUGAAGAAGGCCUCAACAAGGCACUCAGGAGCCACGAGAAUUAAGGGUAGGCAAAAGGUGUUCCCGUUACCGUUUGUCCUGCCUCUCUUAGGGGGAAAGGCAGAGCAAACAGGAAAUAACAGAAACACCAAAAGCCUACCUCUAAGAGAAUGGCGCGGACGGCGAGAAAGCACAGAUCAAGCUCAAGGUAGAAAAUAGGAUAACGCUCGAGCUGUACGACCACUACCUAAGAUUAAGGCCCGAUACAAUUCAUUUCGAAGGGUCUCUUUCUUCAUCGUUUUCGCUCAUAGGAUUCUGAAGAAAUGAAGGCAAGAAAUGACUUCCUUUGAGCUCCUCUAAUACACAGCAACCCGCCGCACCUCCUAUGGCGGGAUGACCGUGGCAGCCCUGGAGCGCCGAGUACUAUGGGUGGAAUGGUUAAGCGGUCGGAGACGCUGUGCCCCGACUUUUUUGCCUGGCACACUUUCCUGAACGUCGGAGUCGGCUUUCUUGCGGGUACAUUCGUACCUGGGAUUGCUUUUUUUCGGAUUAUGUGGCGGGGAGCAGGAUUCGUCUGGGUUCGGCACAGCGGACUCAAUGGCAAGGUGGUCUUCGAAUGCGCCAGUGCCCAUUCAGAGGAUGAGCUGCAGAAGCUGAAGGACGAGUUAAGGGCUCCUCUCACGGUUCACUCUGCUGCACUGUUCAUCUCACAACAUUGCAUUCGUCUGCACUUGAUGAAAUCUACUUGAGGAGUUUUUUUCCAACUACUUAUAAGAGAGAAGUACAAGUAACUCUUCAGGGACAGGGAAGGUGUUCUACUGAAGGAUGCAAGAGCUCUGCAACCUCUAAACGAGGGUGUUUUUAUCGUCCCACGGAGUCUCGCUAGCAAGCUUGGUAAAGAACGUGAACUGAACGGAGAAAAACUGCCAAAGAGCGGAAAAAGCCUACGAGCGUUAAGGCUUCUCUUAAUCCAUCUCCUGAAGCAUCCUGCCUGGGAAGGCUUUUCAAGGGGAAAAGGUCUCAGGAUGAUCUUCAGGAUGGAUUAGGCCGAGCUCUAAGAAUGUUGCUGGAGCGGCAUUUCCCUGGUGAAGGAGUAAACGACGGCGCUCUUUGGUCGACUUGGAAAGACUUCGUGGAAGCCGAUGACAUCAAACCGCAUUUGUUGGACUUGAUUCCGUUUAUGCCAAGAUCGCCACCACCUGAUAAAUAUACUUAUAUGAUUUAGGGCUGACCGGUCCCCCCUGUGGUAUGGUCUGUGGUGGCGCGCGCGCGCGCUUUUCCGCGCUGAUUUUCGCGGAUUCGAGUGGUGGAAGGCGUCAAAACUGGGCGCGGGCGUCCCCUUGCGCCUCUCUGCGUGUCCCUCAGGGGCCUCCUGGCCUCUGCUGACCCUCGCAGGCGGGAGGCCUCCGGGGUAAAAGGCCGCCGAAGGCGGCCACGGUCUCAAGAGCAAGCAAGCCGAUGACCAAGGGCCCGGAGGGUACAAUCCGCACGGCUCAGGGUGUCCAGCCCCUCGCCUUUUGCCGCCUUUUGAAGCCUUCCGCCUCCGCCGCACUGCUGCGGCGGCGAAGCAUAUAGCAGGCACGUAGGGCACAGGUAGGCACCUGGAAGGGAGCGCAGGCGGCCCCUCUGGCCCCUUUUGAAGCCUUCCACCUAAUCCGGAGGUCUGUAGGGAACAGCCAGGCAGCUGGAAGGGAGCGGAGGAGGCCCCUUGGCCCCCUUUUGCGGCCUGCUUCCACCCCCGGCAGACGCCCUCAAAAGGGGGCCGGGGCUACCGGUGCCCCCCCUACGCGAGGGGGGAGCGCCGUAGCCCUGCGCCUUGGAUCAUAUCUUGUAUGUAUUCACUUCAGCUUGCUACCGAUACAGCCCCUUCCCUUCUUCCUUUCUAGUGUGUGCGUUACGAUUAGUCUCUCUUAAAGCAGGGUUAGUGAAGUAUAACAUCCUACAAUCUAUACAAAUCAUCACGGUUGUAAGCCAUGCUCAACUAUUUUUAAAUGAUGAUCAGAUUUUUGAUGAUUGAAUCAUUAAUAUGUGGCACUGGCAGAUCCUUCCACGUGGUGCCAGGCACCUUGCGUGAAGGGUUUAGCAAAGUGCCAGAUAAAACUUGUUGUUGUUAUUGGUGUUGUUAUCCACUGACGUGGUAACAUAAUUGAACGAUCAUUUUUACUGUUGUAGUCGCCAAAGAUCACUGCAGUAAGAAUAAGUUCUCCUUUGCCCACCCCAACUUGAUCCUAACGACAGAACGAAGACCCUGUAGCUGUAAAAAUAUAUCCGCUGCUUAACGUCUUUGGCUUUCCUAACGACAGAACGAAGACCCUUUAGCUUUAGUUUUUGGAAGCAGAGAAGCUAAUGGGAUUUAGUCAGAAAUAAGAAAUUCAUCGAUAGAAGUCAAACUGUUUGUUCCCGGGGUCAUUAUACGCACUACCUCUACCACUUCUAACCGAGUUUCGGACGAGGAUUUACGUGAAGUUGGCCGCUUGAAUUUCGAGAAGAAUUCGUUUAAAGAAGUGGCGCGCAUUACAGCUAAAGAAAGCUUAUGGUUAGCUGUUGUCCAUCUUUUUCGGCAUCUUGGUACCAUUUUGCCUUGUAUUCUCAUGAAAUACAAGGGGAAAGGGGUCGAGAUGAGGGGACGAAGAUGGGCUAACGCUGAGUCUAAAAAAUGAUGAACAAAAAGCGGUCCGCGCACCGUGGAAGGGAUCAAAAGAUAAUUAAGGCGCCUGAAGGGCCUAUUCAUCAUCAUCUUUGACUCUAUUUAAAAUAGAAGUUUCAAUAAAAAUCUUUGACUUAAAUUGUUGGUUUCUUAAUGUAUCAAUCUGUUUAUUGCCUCUAGCUCUAGGCUCUCUAAGAGAAGGAUCCCCAUUUCAAACCCGCUACGGAAGAAGCGCCCUACCGGGACCCGGAUUGGUGGGAAGAAGCGACUCAAAUGGAAGGCUGGGGGAUGAUGUGGGGUCUUCGUUUAAGGUCCUCGAUACUAAUAUCAUCUCAGAUCAAAGACAACUCACCAGGGACCACCUCGAAACGUUAGAACUCAUCUUCUACAUCAUGAUUUUGUUUUGCCUUAAAAGGCAAGUAGCCUUGCAAGUCAAUUCAAGGACUACAACAGUGCUAGGCUAAUUUAGUAGAAGCUCUCUUCGAGUUGGUUCCAUCACAACUUUAUUACUCGGCCGGUUCAGUUUUUCGAAAGAGACAACUGCUAAGUAAAAACUCCUCACUUACUCUCAGGGCUAUUUCCACUACCUCUACUUAUUGUGUUCAAUUUUUUACCUCUAGGACUGGAUAGGAGGACUAAGCAGUUUUAUUGAGGAAAGAGUAUCUUCAGCGAUGUUACUCAUAUGUUGUGAAGCAUAAAGCGGUUUCUGAAGUCUUGAGGUGGAUAGUACUUCUUCUAAUAGGUUCCAAACGCAUGCUGACCGCUAGUCCUCGCGAUAUUAGCAAAACAGGAGGCUGGUUAUGGAUGAUCUCAGUUUUUUCUCACAAUAAUACCAUAAUCUUCUAGUUCUAGGCUGCCCUUUUUUUCCUUGAAAGUGUAUAAGUACUUAAUACGUGAAAGAAGGGCCUACUUGCUGGUCUGUUAUUAAAUCAAGGGUUGAAACAUUUCAUUUGUUUCUGCAUGUUGCUUUUCUCCCUUAGCAUUGCUUUCUAAAAAUGAAAGAACGCUUCGCCCUUUAUUAAUUUUGCAUACCCCUGGAGUCGGAGUGGGUAGUACAUUCAUUCAUUCAUUCAAAUGAGAGAAAAAAGAAUCAAGAUCAACCACCUUCAUACUGGUUUGACUCCUAUGCCGCACUAUUGGGAGACUAUCUUGCCGUUUUGUUGAACGCAUUGCUGUGGGGUGGAGCUAUCUGGUAUUACGAUCGUCGUCGCCUUCAAGCCGAAACUGGUGUUGUCUCCGAUGCGAAUGGUUCUUAAGCCUUAGACCCUUAUCGACUCUUUCUUAUCGUUCAUCUUCUGAAUCUGAUGAAGCAUACUGGUAGUGGUCAAGCAAGGUCUCGUGAAAAGGGGAGCCAAGCACGAUGCUCCUUCUACUCAAGGAAGAUGCUUCUCAGCUGUUCUUCUCUCUUCUCUUCUUCUCUUUCCGACUCUCUGAAGUGCUCUCUAAACUAGAGACACGCAUAAACGCAGCAAGGUGCUGCCAGCAGGGUUAAAUGAUGAAGACUUCGAGGAUACGUCGCAUUUCCCCCUACUGCAGCAACAAGAUUAAGACAAGGCUUUUGGUGUUUCCGUGAGUAUACUGUUUUCUGUUUGUUCUUGUGCCCCCUCUCUUGAUAACCUAGAAGAGAAGUAGGGCAUAAGAAGUACACCUACUACAACUAAAGUAAAGGUAAACUUGUUAUGUAUACCAAGUAAUCUAACACAAAGAGAAAGACCCUACCACCUCUAACAAGAGGCUGGUGCUGCAGGGAGUGGUGGAAAUGCCUUGGAGUUGCGUGGCUUGACGAAACGCUUUCAGAAGGUCGGAAGGGAGUUUCUCGCGAACGAUAAUGUGACCUUCAAUUAUGAGGUGCUCCUGUGCUGUCAUUUUUCAUUUUCGCUUUCUGUCUUCAUCAAGUAGGUGGAACAUCUUCGUUUCCUCGGCUAAGAGCAACUGACACUCAUCUUUCACCUGUUAUGAAAUUAGACUGUCCUCUAUGCCUAAAUGUCUUAGUCUUGUCUUGUCUUUUUGUGAAUGACGUGGCUCCCCAUGAAUGAAUAUACUAGAUUGAUAGUAGUUUCUCGAAGGCUUGACCUUGAGGUCCUUCUCUAAGAUGACGUGAAGACUGCAGAGAUCUUUGGCCUUUUAGGGCAUAACGGAGCAGGCAAAACGACGCUGCUGUCGCAAAUAACCGGAUUGAUACCAUUGAGUGAAGGGGAUGCGGUAAUCGCCGGAGAGUCGGUGCGCUUUUUACGAUCGAAGUAGUUUCGAAUCCCCACAUUUUUUUUUUUGAAUCCCCACAGUGUUGAUCUUCACAAGUCACUGGAGGAAAUAGCCUUCAUUAUUGACGUACGACCGUUUGUCAGCACCUCUUCAACAUUAACAUUGAUAAAUCGGAAAGAAACUCAUUCACGACUGAGACGAGGUAGAAGCAUGAAUUUCAAUCACACUUACAACGCACAGUCCUACAUGAAUUUCACUCACGACAACUCACCUCGCGAUACCGAUACACUAGAUUUGCUGUUUCCUCCUUGCGUAUUGGUAUUACUAUAAUGGUGCGUGUUACUCUUUUAUGAUGUGUUACUAUUGUUAUUGUAGUAACCACCUCCUCUAAGGAUUGGAGAUUUGCGGAAGGUACAAGAGAACAUCGCCUUCUGUCCUCAGAAUAAUCCUAUGCUUGGUGCAAACUUUACUCUGCGGGAACAUGUUACGUUUUUCUCGAGGUUGCGUGGCUACGACGAGGCAGAAACAGCGGCUAGCGUUGCCGAGUACGCGAAAGGCCUAGGGCUCACGGAAAAGCUGGACACGCGCUGUUAUGGUUAUAACAUUUCUUACCUAGAGUACUUAGUCGCGUCCUCCAUGUGUCAUCUCGGUCCUCUCCCUUCGCUGUGGUGCCCUUGUAGUUUCCUCAUAGACAGCAUCUUCUCUUUGGUAAGUACCGUCUUGUUCCCAUUAUAGGCAUCUUUUCUUCGAUACCCUCUUCUUGUUCCCAUAGAGUAAUUAUACAAGAAGGUUUGAGCAGUUCCCAUAGAAUAGCCAGAGAUGAAGGGGCCGACUUUUAUUUCUAACGCAGCGAGGAGCUUUCUGGAGGUCAGAAAAGACGCAUGUGGGUAAUGUGUGCGUUUUUGGGAAAGGCGCCUUUGCUUUUGCUAGAUGAGCCCACCAGUGGCAUGGAUCCACAAGCCAGACGGGACUUCUGGGUCAUGCUCAAGUUAAGGCUUCCUCUGACCCCUAAUUGUACUCAUCUUCUUUCAGAUAGUGCAUCUUCGUGGAGUACUAACUUCCCCUAGUAAGGAACGAUUAGUCAGUUGUUGUACUAACUUCCCCUAGUAAUGAUUUUUUUAAUAGUAGUCAGUAAUCCAUCUUCAGUAGUCAGUAGAUACAGUCACUGCAUCGUGGAGUACUACCGUCCCCUAAUGAUUAGUAAUCCAUCUUCAUAACAGAGUAGUUUAUAGCACGCAUGGUGCAUGGAAUAGCAUGGUGGAGCGCAUGGAGCGCAGAGCUUUAAGGGGCGCAAGAAGCUCCCCCUUUAGCUCCAUGCUACUCCGUGCGAUCCAUGCACUCCAUGCCAUGCGAGCUGUGAAGCCUUAUAUAUAAAUUGCUCUGCCAUAAUGAUCAUUAGUCUAAUAUUCCAUCUUCAGAAUCAGGUAGUGCAUGAUCGUAGACGAGAAACUGUUCCACGGCAGCUACUAGUGCAUCUUGUUCGUUGGAGUAAUUCUUGUUCCGUCCUCGUAUUGUAAGGGGAAAAGGGCCUCAAGAAGAUCUUUUGGGAUAGGCGGGCCACUCCAUAAGAUGCUUUUUCAGCGAUGAAUUUGAAUGACUUAUGUAUCUAUAAAAUUGUUUUGUACCGCCAUUAAGCUAGUUCUAGUAGUAGUCUUAUUUGGGACACCAUGAUCAUGAACAUCGCUGAAAGUGGGACUCCACCGACUCCAUAAGGGUGAAAACUCUAAGCAAGCAAAUGGCGAGAGAGCAUAACCGCGCGGUCGUGUUCUCCACCCAUUAUCUGGAAGAGGCGGACCUACUGGCCGAGCGGAAGGUGAUACUGGCGGCUGGCCAAGUGAAAGCCUUGGGCACGUCUGCAGAGCUAAAACGAAAAUUCGGAGCUGGAUACUGGAUCAACGCGUCGAUAGAUGAGGAAAGUAGCACAAUGUUAAGGCUUCUUAGUUCCCGAUUUCACUGAAAAUCCAUCUCAAUGUAUAGCUAACUUGAUGGUUCUGGUUGUUGGAGAUGAUCUCGCUAGUUGGAGUCUGCUAGAGACUACAACAUGUUCUUCAAUAAAACACCCGUAUGGAUGCACCCCUGCUGUUCCUGUUGUGUACAACAAGGGGCAUAGUACUGAGGCACACACGCUUGAAAGGUCUCCUUCUCCACAGGGAAGAUGAACUACUACUACUAGGAUGCAGAGGUCUAAUGAUGCAAGACGAAGCUACAACAUCAUCAUCAACACCUCCUACCAGGAUGAAGGAGAAGGAUGCACGCGAGCACUUGCGUAAAUUUGGACAGGAGAUCAUCGAGCCGCAGAUCAAGGGUAUGAAGACACGCAAUCCGAAGGUGAGCGGCUUUUUCCUGUCUUACAGCGUGCCUUGGAACGAAGUUGGCAACCUCCCUGCUUUACUCGACAAAAUCGAUGCAGAGUUAGUUACGGCUCCUCCUACUAUUAUAAAUAUAUACCACCGGUGUCACAACUGGUGCCUGCUGCCGUUUAUUUAGUAAACGAGGACCUGCUAAUAUUUAGAAGUAAGUACUACUUAUAUCUAGUAGCUAGUAUAUCUUCACUACCUGCUGGCGUUUUAGUCCUAUCUGGUGUGCUGUAGUUGUUGCCAAGAACUUCUGUUGGAAUUGAUAAUCGUGAAAGAAUGAACUAAGGGGGAUCCAGCGAGGACAUUAUAAAUAGCUCCUUAAAAGGAUUUUAAACAGGAGCAACCUGACUUGUAUAGUUAGCAACAAAAACAAGAAUCAUGAGUUCUCUGCACUUCUAAAUUGGGGAAGUACAAGAUAUCGAAUUACUCAGUGGAGAUGACGACUCUGGAGGAAGUUUUUCUGCGCAUUGGACAUGAUACCGACCAAGAGCAGGGCACUGCGGUUGUUAGUGAGGAGCAAAGAGCAAGGGAUAUCGCGGUUGGACGCUUGCCGCUUCGUCCGCGAGAGCGGUCCUUUAAGGCUUCAUCCCUUUAGACUGCUCAUCAUCUCUGUAAGUGAAAGUGAUGUACUUAUUAUCGGGAUCCCUCUUCAACUACCGUAAGCGCCCAAAUAGAAGUACAAGGAAGACCAUACGCAUACUUUCAUCUUAGGAGCCUUAUACGCCGUAUCUUGGGGAGGAGGGAUCCCCACACACUCAGAGGGAUGAACCGUCUAGGGAUGGGUCUUUCACUUUCUAAGUCCUUUUUUCGCGAGGUGUCGGCUAUUUGGCACCUUCGAUGUUCAGGUCUUGGCUGGAUGAGCUUUCUCUUGCCAGCAGUGCGCAUUGCGUUCGUUCUGUAUUGGGUUAUCAGUUCUAACAAGGCCCUCACUUUGGAGAAAAAAGAGAAAACUCCGAGCGAUUGGUUCGCAGCAUUAAGGAGAAUCAUUGUAGUGAUCGUCGUAGUCAGGAGGACCUAUUGAUUAUAAUACUUUGUUGAUAUACUACAACUCGUAAGUAGUACUCUUUUACAAUACAGGAAAAAGUAUUGCUCACUUUGAGCUUGAUGCUAGUAGUGCUAGAAGUAGUGCUCCGGUUAAAAGUAAAGCAUGAGUUGAAGGCGUUCAUCUGCGUCUGCGAGCCUCAUCACUAUUACUCUCGUGAUCAUGAAGAUAAACCAUAUCCAUAACCAAAUGGACGAUUCCCAUACUUACUACUUCAAUUGAUAAUAAAUCGACUGUGCUGUCGUGUCGUGCUUACUCUGAGGAUGCUAUGGAUUUUAUAAUAUAUGAGAUCUCCUAGAGAAGUGUAAGUUCAGCUAAUAAAAUAAAAAUACAUUCAAGGAUUUCAUCUACUACUUCUACCCCUUCUAGGACCUCUCCAACGGAGGGCCUCCAUUGCCUACUUUUAACCCUUAUUAGGUGUUCAUUCUAAGAAGUAAGUACUUCUAAUCCUUCAUCUUUUCGCAUAUUCCGUUCUUCUGAUAGAUUAGCGAUGAUCACCUCCUUCUAAGAAUUGCUUUGCUUUCCUAUAGUCCUACGGUGAUCGCCAUUAUUCUCGGCACGCCGCUUGCAGUAUGGCCAACGACUAGCGCGAUGACUCUGGUUUACCACGAAGUGGCGGAGAUCAAAGUCCUUGCGCACGCGCAAAGGCACGGACUGCGAAGGGUGGGCUAUUUCUUUGGAAAUGCCCUCUUUUUUAAGGCUUCCCCUGAUCGUCCAGUACAUCGAGAUCCUAGUACACCAGAGCAGUUUAUAGUACGCAUGGCGCAUGGAGUGCAUCAUGGAGCGCAGACCCAUAAGGGACGCAACAAGCGCCCCCUUUAGCUCCAUGCGAUCCAUGCACUCCAUGCCAUGCGAUCUGGCAAACUUUAUACAUUACUCGGCUAGAAGUAAUCCACCUCACUUCGGAUUCGGAAGCUCUUUCAUUCUUCGAGACGUCUUACUCUGUGAGGAGUAUCUUAGGGGUAUCGUAUUAACAGCGGUAACGGUCUUAGGAAGAUGGACAACAUGAACUUCGAGGUACUGCUGGAUUACUAGUUAGGAGGAGGUCUAAAAUUUUCUUCACCACGACGGGCCUGGGUCUCGCAUCCCUCUUGUGGGGUACCUUGGUUGUAAUCUCCGCGGAUCUGCCGGCAAAGCAUAUCCUAGCAUUGGAAGAAGGGUCGAGCAGCAGGAACGUCUUCUACGCCAAAUGGCUGCUGGGGCCUCCGAUUGCGUCUAUUUGCGCUCUUCUUAAGGCUUAAUUAGUACAUUUGAAUAAAUAUUACCCUUUAUACCUAACCUUACCUUUUUUCCUAGUUAGCUUGGCUCCACCCAUAAUAUUACACUUGAAUAAAUAUGAACAAGGAUGUACAUGUUCGCCUCCACCGGAUACACCUUGCGUGAGAACGGGGCAAAGGCAUCCUAUCCUAUAUUAUAAGUAUUAACUAAGUAAGUAAAGAUAAUCAUGAAAUGACUCACCAUGAGCAUAUUUAUGCGAAGUUUCCUCAUCACGACAAGAACACCUUUGUUUUAACUAUACAACUUGAGUUAGUAGAGCGGACGCAUUAUUCUUUUGCAGUGUUCUCUCUGCUUCUUCAAAGCUGAUACAACUUAAGCAGCCCUUCUAAUCUUCUCGUCGGGAUGCAGUGGGGAGGCUGUGGCAGCAGGUUUCUUACUGUGUUCGUUGGAAUGGUGGUCUCUUUUGGCAUGAUUAUGUCUGGGGCGCCGCCUUUUUACCCCUCUCUGAAAGGCAUAAGGCUUCCACGUAUUCAUCUUAAGAGGCAUCUUUGGCGAGGGGACAAACGGUCAGAGACGCACCCUAAGAUGAAUAUAGGGAAGGUCUAACAGACGCCCCUGGAGGUGCCUUCGCUGGCUCCGGUUGGAUGCCUUCGGUCCUCUUCUUGCCGCAAUCCAUAGGCAUUAGCGCAAAUGGGAUCUUUAAGGCUUCCUCCAAUACAUUGUAAGUAAUAUUUUUCUUGAAGUUCUGAAGUCGAAAAUUGGAACGCAAAUCGGAAGGAUCAUGUAUAUAGCACUGCAAAUAAGUACCUAGACUCUAGUAAGUACUAUGAUCAUCUCUAUAGUAGUAUACUAAUAUUAUUACUAGCUACCCUAGUUCUUCAACCAUGAUGAUAUGCACCCCAAUGCGUAAUACAAGGGGAACACAACGACAACAUAUAGUAUACAAGAACUGAGGUAGAAGUAUCUCUCUUCUUGAGGGAUUUAGUUACCACACGGGGAUGAAUAGAAUUUUAUGCGUCGAUGAACAAAAUCCUCUAAGAUCACGCUCGAGCAGCUGCUGGCGAAUGACCCUUUCGCAAAACAGCUCGCAGAUGCAGCAUCGGGCACACCGUCUUCAGUUAAGGCUGCUGCUCAAUCACACUAUUGUCGAGUUGUGAGACCUGUUUGUUAUUAUAUGAGUGGUAUUAUUAAAGCUCAGCAUUCAAUGGUCACUGAUGCUGAACGGAAGAGACCCCCUUCUUUCCCUUCGUUUUCCCCUGUUGUCUCAAGGGGUCGCCUCUUCGAUCUCAGUGACCAACCCCAAUGACCAUUGAAAGUUGAGCCUUAAUAUUAGUGGUUACACUAUUAUAUGAGUGGAGGUAUUAGUGGUAGUGGUUACACUAUUAUAAUAUAUAUGAGUGGAGGUAUUAGUGGUAGUGGUUACACUGAUAUUCAUCAGGGUCAUUCAAGAUUAGUGGUCCACUCUCUUACACUAAUCAUGAGUAAACUAACCUAUGAGCAAUUACCUAUACUAGAAGUUCACAGUCGGUCAUCCUCAGAAGCGAGAGGGACCUUACUUACACUAUUCAUUGUCGAGACCUGUUAGUGUAGGUCCCUCGCGCUCCUGACGAGGAAGCAAGAGUACUAGGCCCGUGCAUGCCCCUGAUUGCGUUCCUCGUUUGAUGUUCCCUUGCAGAAAGGAAGCGUCUACGUCACGUCGCGUUUAUGUCAGCGAGAGGAAUCCUUGGAAGACGUGAGUCAAGGUCAACAGGAUUGCUCUAUAGGGUCGUUACUUGUUUUUAGGGACGCCACUGACUCGUAAUUAGUUCUACGAAGUCCACUCAUCAAGCAGGAGGAACGUCGACAACGAUAGUGAUUGACUGGCUUUAAAUUACAGGAAGCUGGAAAAGCUACAUACGAGUCCUAUGACGCAUUUACAGGGGGCCUUUACGCCAUUCUUCUCGCUAUACCUGCUUCCGUCUUUACGUUUUUUGUGGUCGACUACCUAGCCAAUUUUAAGGCUCCUUCUUCUCACAGUGAGUUCUUUCAUCUUGUCAAGAAGUAGCAUCUUUGGAGUAGAAUUUUCAAGGAGAAAGAAGGUUAAACUCAAAGAUGCGCUUGAAGAUGUAGAUGAAUAGAGGGAAAAAUGUCUAACAAUUGGCCGACGAAGUCACAACAAGUAAACCCUGCGGAGUGGCCCACGGAUGACGUAGUCGUAAGAGGCGGCAGGAACGAGCGGGACUCCGCAGUAGUAGAGGAGGAGAACAGAGUGAAGAAUCAGUAUCAACAAGGCAACUACAUGAUUAUUAAGGCCGUGUCUAUUCAAAUUUAUAAUUUUCCACUCCAAAUGAUGUAUGGUACAUAUUGAUAGAACCAUCAAGUAGAACUACAUUUAGCAAGGCCUCCACUACAAUUAUUGGAUCCAAUCUCUCACCAUGAUCAGGCACAAUCAAUCAAUGAAUAUUACAUUCAUUGGCCACCUUUUCCUUUUCGCGGAUAUUCAUCUGAGUGACGCAGCAACGACCUCAUCUUCCUUAGCUUACGGAUGACCACUUCUCUCGGAAAAAGACUUCUUGCGUCCUUCUAAUAUGGACGAUCAAUCUGGGACGCACGAUGCGGAUGCUGUAGUGGUGUCGGACGUUCGCAAGAGGUUCUACAAUCCAAACGGAACUGCCUUCUGGGCCACGCGAGGUGUGUCGCUUGGAGUCAAACGCGGCGAAUGCUUUGUUAUGAGUGUACGGAAUGCAGCAUCUGCAUCUCCAAGGAGGUGAUCUUCUGGACAAAGAAAUAAAUAUAGAGGAAAAUAGCGGACCCAGGUGAUAUCUGUGAGAUGUUGCAUUCCCGAAGAUGCCUCUAACUUUGGUUUACUUGGCCCGAAUGGUGCAGGAAAAAGCACUCUUUUUAACCUGAUCACAGGUGAUUCUGAGACCGGAGGCGUUUCUUCAGGGAAGAUUUUGAUCAAAGGUCAAGAUUGUUACGCCGACAACUUUUCCGUGGCAAGCAAGAUCGGUGGAUUAGCGCCACAAUUUGACAAACUAUGGCCGAAAAUGUCAGGGAUCGCACAUCUUCGCUUUUACGCACGAGUGGCCGGGACCUAUUACCCACCAGCUAAGGAAAGCAACAGCAACAAGCAUGAUAGCGACAGCGAUGAAGAAGAUACAGAGCGAUUGUUGGGCGGCCCGUUUCACAAGGUACAUCAACUCCCAUUUUUUUUUGAUCUGGUGAUGUGAGUGAUUAUUUUUAUCUCCACUUCCAUUUCCAAGCUGCAACUAUAUUAUCUGGGACUACCUACCAUGGAGCACUUCUCAAACCACAUUUCAUCUUCACUUCCUUCAAGGACCUUGUCGUGGGAUGAGCUGUUGAAGUAAGUACUUUUUUCACUUCUCCCCAGUCAAACUUUAGGAAAGAAAGCUGGAUAGAGUUCAUUAGAGUUAGUUGUUGACUCAAGAAAUUAAAUUAGCUCACGUACUAGUACUUGUUGACCUUCACACCUACAAUUAUCUACUUAUAACAAAUUCAUCAUCCUUCCAUUUAACCUUCAAUCGUUUCCGAAUGGACGACCCGCAGCAUACCACUAACUUCCUGCAGGACUAUGGUGAAGAUUUGAUUGAACGGACUCUACGUGACGUUUCUCUUUCGAUGAAAGAUGCGGACAUGCCAACAGAGACCUAUUCUGGAGGAAUGAAGAGAAAACUCUCAGUGGCAUUAACGAUGGUGACAUUAUGUUGAACCACAGUAGAAGUAGUUUUUGUGCUUAGUACAUAGUUUUUGUUUUCCUCCGCCUCUUGACGUCGCCUUUACUACCUCGCGACGAGUGCGACGUAUAUCAAGAACACGACCAUCUGUCAUCAGUCAGUCAGUCAAUCAGUCAGUCAAUCAGUCAGUCAAUCAGUCAGUCAAUCAGUCAGUCAAUCAGUCAUCAGUCAGUCAGUCGAUGAAAUCAGUCAUCAGCCAGUCUAACUCUCGAGCCAGAAGUCGUCUUUCUGGACGAGAUGUCGGCAGGAGUUGACCUCGGAGCACAGCGGUACCUGUGGAACAAGUUGAUACAUCGACCAGCGGGACAAACGAUCAUCUCAACUACGCAUUUUAUGGCGUCGAGGUAAACUACUAUUACUAUAUUAUUAUAGCAGAGUAGUUUAUAGAACGGAUGUAGGAUGGACUUGGAUGGAUCGGAUGGACCCCCCUGAUUCUUCCGAUCCUACUUGAAAUGGUGGGAAGUCCAUCCGUUCCAUCCGAUCCAUCCGAUCCAUCCCAUCCCGGAUCUGGGACCCCUAUAAAUUACUCUAAUUUUUAUAGUGUUAGAAGAAGAAUUUCUAUUCCAUUUUGAUAGAUAAAAAGCCAUCAUGGGUAUGGGUUAGAUAUCUAUUAUAUUUUUCUAUUCGGAUUCAGACAUCUCUCUACUCUACUCGUGAAGUUUGAUACACUUUUCCUAUCCUCCUGACUCCUGAUCGCGUGAGCCUCUGUCCCUAGUACUUCGGCAUAUCGCAAACUCUUCCCAUUAUAGUAAGUACAUAUUUUAUAGGACAACCUCUCCCUGCUUCCUAUCCCUCCUUCAUUCUCCCCAUGAUGGAAGCUGAUGCGACGUGCGACCGUGUCGGGAUCUUGGUGCGUGGGCGCUUAGAAUGUCUUGGGCGCACAGAGCAAAUCAAGGAAAAGUAUGGCUCCGGUUACCACCUUGAAAUCUCUAUUCCGAAACCUGAGGGUACUUCUAGACUUUUAUUUUUUUGCCAAAGAUCAAUCAAUAUCAGGGACUUCUGUGGAGCACUUCUGGAGCACUUCUUCUACAGACAUUUUUGUGACAGCUUUAGGUUUUUUUUUCAAAUUUACAUACAGGUGGAAUGAUCACUUUGAUUUUUUUUUUACAAGUUGCAGUACAUCAGUGAAUGUUGACAUCAAAGAAAGUUCAUUACCAACUCAACCCUCAUCCCACGUCGCAAUGAAUCGUCAUACUUACCUCUUGUUUCCUACUUAGGCAUCCUAAGUAUUGAUCAUUUUCGACACCGAAAAUUCAUUGCCGAGCGGAUGAACUAAGUCCUGAUGAUUCCCCACUUUACUUUUUGUGGUUCCAGGUCCACAGCCAGGAGAGAAGGCAAAGGACCUGCAGGAAUCUUUGUGCGGUAGUGUAGAGGACCUGCGCGCCCAAGACAUCAUUCUGUUGGAGGAAUUGUCCAUAUCUGUUAAGGCCAAGAACGUUUUUAACUCGUAAUUUGAUGAGUCAGUCUUUCUAUCUCAAGGAGGAUGAAUUGAGUAACAGUAACAACUCAUAGCUGGACUUGGAAUCGUUUCAAGAUGAUAAUAUAUCAGUAUUAGUGAGCCAGUCCUCCUUCUUUCUUCAGAUUCAUAACUUACUACGAAGUUUUCAAGGAAUGUUGAGCAGCUCUCUAACUCAGAGACCAGUUCCCGCCUGACGUUUGAAUUGCAUGGGCAAAAGGGGAAAAAGCUGAAACUUGCACCAAUUUUUCGCUGGUGUCUUUAUGGUUCCUGCACAUUUUGAAAAAGUAAUGACUCUUACAUAAGUAUCAGUAUCACGACGUCCAGUAAAAAGCUGUGUCUGUCUUAUAUGCAUUGGGCGGACCCGAACCUAUCCUAACGACGUUGCUAGGUUUUUCUUGUACUACAACUACGUUAGGUUAGGUUAAUCUUGUAGGCUAAAGGCCGUUGCUGGGCGGGGUUUUUCUUGUACUGUACUACUAUGUUAGUUUGUACUCAUACAGUGGUUGGUCGGUGGUGUUUUCCUUGCACUGACAUACACACGCAGUAGUAGUUCGCUGUCCUUCCGGAUGAACUGUAGUUUCUGCUUCUCCUCUAAUCCGACAAGAAGCAGGAAAGCGGGGAGCUGAUUGAAUAUGGGCUCGGGCAGCCUACGCUUGAACAGGUGUUCCUUCGGUUCGCACGCAUUCAAGAGCAAUUUUACGGCUUCCAGCACUAGAGACUACUUAUAAUCCAGGAAGUCGAAGUCCAGGAAAAGGAGAGGUCGAAGAGACUAGGUUAUUGAGUAGUUUUUUAUAACACGCAGAGUAGUUUAUCUUUAUAACAACACGCAUCAUGUCGUAUUAAUCAGAGUAGUUAUUUAUAACACGCAUCAUGUCGCAUGACCAUGACCUGCAUGUGCAUGGAGUGCAUGGAGGAGAUGCAGCAGAAGUGCCCACGUAUUCGCUUUUUGUCUUUUUAUCUCUGACCCUACUUCUGGGACUUCCCUCUACUUUUCAAAGGGAGCGACAAAUCAUUUUUAGGUUCUCCUAAAACUGACAAUAAGAAUUGUGAGUUCUAAGAAUUCGAAGCCGGAGUAGUUGCGCCAACGGACCACGACCCAUUGGAUGAGCAUUUUCCCAGUGUCUUAGAGCCGACGCAAAUUGCGGUGGCCUAGACCAGGACGAUAUGAAGACGAGUACGAUGGAUUUUGGUGCCUCGUAGAACCGUCGUCGACCUAGUUAAAGGGAGGCUUCCUAGGAAUGAGAAACUCUAACUUGUUUAGUGGAAUAUUUCAAGCUUGAAAAUAAUGACUAGUCUGGCUUGAUAUGUUGUUCGUCUUGUAAAGAGAAUGAUCGAAGAUCGGCAAUAAAAAUGCCUUUGAAUACUAGACGUAAGUAAACAUAGAAAUACGUAGUCAUACACAUCUUCAUAGAGGACAGGUACAAGGACAGAAACGAACCUUACAGGGUCAGUAGAGGUAGACGCAUAUCACACUCACAGCUUCUUGAAUUCAUAAGAAAACAUAGAAAAAAUAGUUCGACGUUGGCACAUAGACAGCAUACAUUCAUAUGGCUAAACAACAUGAUCCGACAGAAUGGACUACAGUUUCGCAAGUUGUAUCCGACAGAUAGGCUUUCGGCCCAUAAUAUGCACAGAUUCUCUUUUGUUUAGUGACGGCUGAAGAGAAGGAUGAGAGCCUCAUUGAGAGGAGAAAGAAAGACGUAACGCAAGUCUCGACGAAAUGUAAAUUUAUCUUCUUAUUGAUUGCAUCCUUGUCGAAUACAUCUAGAUCGCGUAUUUACUACAUCGUACGACUAUACUUCGCAAAAUUGAAUUUGGACUAUUAAUGAAGACCAAUUGCAAGCACCACAUAGCUGAUAUGUAAGAAUUUCAUGGAUCAUAUUAAUCGGCACAGCUCGUAUCCACCAACAUACUUGGUUUACACCUGAUUGAGUAAAGUUACUUCCCAGAACGUCGCCAGAUUAGUGCAAUCAAUAUCACUGCGCCUCGCAUUACGACGACACCUUCAGGUAUUUGACUAUGCUCUUAUAUAUAUAUUUCUUCACAUAUCCGAUAUGGAUAUGAAUUGAUAUUUUGAAAUUCGGGCAAGUAUUGAUUGUAUGAUGGGAAGGAUUAUGAUGGUUUUCCAAACAAUUUAUGUGUACCCCCUCAAUCAAGGAUUAUGACAGUUUUCCCCGCCCUCAUCAAGAGCGAAGCUUAGCUGAGACAACAGCGAAGGGCAACGACCUGAGUAGAAGAAAAAUCG